CUAAUAAUAAGAAUUUUUCAAACACAAUAUUAGAUUUAAAAACAAAUUCUCAACAUUCAAAAACUAUUUAUGGUAGUUGUAUGACAAUGCAAGCUCAUUUUAAUUAUUUAUUAUCAUUGCAAGAUGAAAAAUAUUGUCAUGUUACUAAAGUUAUAGAAAAAUAUAUGCAA